UCCAAUUGGAAAAUAGAAAGUUGGGUUAGGAAAAUUUUAGGGUUGGAUUACUUAUCCAACUCACACAAACACAAAGGGUCAACAAGGUCAACUAAUAAAACUAAUAAAAUAUAUUUUUAUUUUCGUUUCUUUUCUCUAGGUUCCGAAGCAAAUUAGGGCUUUUUUAUAUUACUUGCUAAUUUAUUCAUUACAUUCCAGUUUGUGGUUUGAAAGGAUGGUUUAAUGGAAAUAAAGAAUGUGUUAACUGGUUUCAUUUAUGAAUAAGUGUUACAUAUGUUUGGGGUUUGCUUCAUUCCCCCGCCCACCCCUUUUUAUUUGCAAACAAACCCUUUUCCUUUCGUCUUGUAACAAUGGUGAGUUCCGCCGCUGCCCAGGAGACCCUUUGCAGCCUCGCUAAUCUCAUCUCCUUCGCCCUCGUCUUCCCUCCACUGCGAGCAGCUUAUCAAAUCAUAAAAAGAAGGUGGGUGGAGGAGUUGGAGCUAUGUCCUUACCUUGCAAACCUUCUACACUAUAUGCUUUGGCUCAUCUAUAAGAUUAUUCAGCCUCACUACAUUUUGUGCAUCCCCGUUACUCUUACUGGCUUGCUUGCUCAACUUCUUUAUUUGUUCAUCUUCUACCGGUUUUCCGAUAACCCUGGACUGCAUAUACUGGGCAUUUGUCUUGUGUACGUACUCAUAGUUAUGGCUGCCACUGUUGCUUUAGUUUUGUAUGAAACCGAAGAUAGGGCGUUGAGGAUUCAAGCAAUUUGUAACUUUUACAAUAUUCUGAUGAAUAUUAAACCUAUAACCAUUGUGAUAAAGAUGAUAAGAACAAAGAGUGUGAAGCAUGUGUGUUUGGCUGUUUCAUUGACAAGCUUCCUCAAUGCCUGUGUUUGGACAGCUUAUGCCAUCCUCAAACAUGAUGUCUACAUGCAUAUAAGCAAUGUUGUUGGAGUGAUUUCAGGUCUUCUUCAACUCAUUGUUUAUGCUUACUACUCCUUAAUUGCUUCAAAACUUGAUGAGGAGAAGGCAGAGGAAGAACUCAAAAACAUACCCGUGGAUGGAGCAGAUACAGUUUAUUGAUCUCAAAUGUGUUGUUAACAACAACAAAAAAAAACAGUUUUGAGUACAAAUUUGAGGCGUUGGAAGUGUGUAUUUCUUGUUUAUUUCGAGGAAUAUAUUGUUGUUGUAUUGUUUGAUCCAAUUAUGAGACUGUUGUUGAAUUAAAACUUGUUUUCUUACAUUCCUAUAAUUCCGGUUGUAUUUUUA